AUGCAGUUGACCGCCCUCACCCUGCUCGCCAGCGCCGUGGCUUCCGUGUCUGCCGCAGCCCUAAACGCCAAGGCCACAGACCCGGAGACGUUCAAACUCGUCGUGCGCGAUUCAGCCUUUUCUCAGUUCAUUGGCAGGGUCGUUACCGCGAGCAACAGCAAGCUACAGGUGUCCCUAGACGACAACACGGCGAAUGCAGAAUGCGAAGGUGCCCCGCCAGCCGAUGGGGUGGCUACCCUGGUUGUCCGGUACCAGUCGCUGUUGCUGUAUGGUGGCGAGAACGGCUCCUCUCAGCAGAUCCUCGAACCAAAUCCUAACGACCAGCUCACCUUCCCAAAAACACCCCUCAGGGUAAAGAGACGAGAAAAGGCUGUGACUAUGCAGCCGGCCACCCUUACCCUCCUCGCUGGCAUUGUGGCUUCCGUCAUGGCCCUGACCCCCCGGGAAAAUAUUGGCAAUACGUUCAGCCUCAGUGCCUGGACUAAUCACCCCCAACUAUACAAUAUGAACAUCGAUGCGAGGGAGAGCAGGUUAUGGCUGACACAUUCCAUGGAUGAUGAGUCUGGGCAGUGUACGGGGGGGACGUCAGAUAGUUCAGCUACGUUUUUUAUCUACGACAGUGACCUGUUCCUAUACGGCGGUGGGUCUUCCUUCUAUCAUUCCCAUCAACAGUCUGCUAUAUAUACUGAUUAUCCAGACCAGGGUAACCUGAGGUACUUCAACAAUCUUAGUAAUAUGCCUGGGGGGACCUCCGAGACCAAAGGCUGGGCUAUCAGCGAUGGCGACUCGUUUUUGACCUUCAAUGAAUCCAGCUUUCUGGUCUGCCCAGAGUCUAACGGCCUGUAUACCCUGGAAGUUCACUUUGGCCACCUCGAUGAUGAAAGCAACAAAGCUUGCGUCUCGAUGAACCUCUGGGCGACCCCCGAACACGAGCCAUCGGCUUGCCAGUACAGCCAGAAAUAG